AUGAAUAAGCCGACAGCUCCUCAAUUGAAGGUAAUGUUUCCUGUGGAGAGCGACGAAACGGAGAGUGAGAGUGAAGUCAAGUGCGAGUAUCUACUACAUGAGAAUGACAGUGAGUUUGGUUUUGAGGAGAAAACUGUACCCAAACUGUCCAAGAAGAGUGGAAAUAAACGUCGAAAGCGAACAAGUUCUUUUUCAUUUGACGAUAGCAGCAGUGAAGACGAGAGUGAGCUGGAGGAAAAGAGAAUACAAGAUAUGGACACAUUGGUCAAGAAAGAAGUGAUAGAAAAAAACGUGGCUGAAGAUGGACUACAGUAUGAGGAACCACCUGGUGAAGAUACAGACUCAGAUGACAAUUGUUGGCCGAUGAUGUUACAGAGAGAACGAGACGAUGAAAGCAAGAUCGAAGCGGAUACGAUCAUGAGCGAGAGUGAUAACGAAAGUGAAGAAGACUGGUGUGAAGAAGGAUGUAAACGUCAGGAAGAGUCAACGAAGAAUGGAAACGAUGAAGCAAUUUCCAAAGGUGACAUCAGUCAAGCUAAGUUUGUACUACGGAAUAUUACGUCACGGAUCCCUCUCAUCGAAGAAACAGCGAUUCGUCGAGGUGUGAAACUUUCGGGACCGCCACUUGAAUUCUCUACGACGCAUUUGGAUGAGUAUGCACGAAAAUUCCGAUGGCCUCUUCAUGCUCAAAACCUACGGAAUACCAACUUUUCACAGGAUCCAAUCGAGAUUCUAGAAGAUUUCGAGCUGUUGACAACAGCCAAACAGUCAGACUCGGAGCUGCCAGCGUCUUUAGUUCUGUUGGAACGAACUGAUAAAGAUGUGUUACAGGAAAGCGCUUUUGCUCAGAUCCCACGUCCAAUGGUAGCGUUAGCAGCUGGUGCUCUGCGCCGAUCGUCACGAAAGCGAAAACGAACGUCAAAAAGAGAACGCACCCAGUGGACUCCUUUCAGCAUCGACACUGUUGAAUUGCGCCCGACGCUUCAAGGCAUUGGCAGUGAAUUCAAUGGCGAUAUUGACAAGCGUUGCUGGUCCUCACUACCGACGAAGAAAAAGCCAAUUGCAAACUGGAGGUUUGUUGUCGAGCACAUACGGGGAACCAUGAGUACAUCGAUGGGUUUUUUGGACGCUGUGUACCCACCCAUGAAGCAAGAAACACUGGAUCGCAUCACAAACCGCCUAAAAACACUGCACGGAUGCACGACACAGCACGAAGAAACCGACAUUUUUGAAAGAGGCACACCGGCCACGAGCAAAACCAAUGCAAAGGAAGCUGCCUCCGAAGAUCAAACGGGGAAUAAAUAG